AUGGGUAUCUGGCAUGAUUCCAAAGAAGAAAUUGAGAGUACACUUUUACAACAUUUUUCCAGCAUUUCGGGAACUACAAAUCCAGUUACUGAUGCAAACAUUUUAUUUCAGUUUCAGACUUGUGUUACAGAUGAAGAUAAUGAAGCUCUUCUCUGCAUUCCUUCAGAACAAGAAAUUAAAGAUGCAGUUUUCCAGAUUAAACCUUGGGCUUCACCAGGAGCAGAUGGAUUUCAAGCAUCUUUUUACCAACAAUGCUGGUCAACAGUUAGUAAAGAGCUUGGUUUUCAUCAGGACUGGGUUAAACUUGUACAACAAUGUGUUACUACAACAAGCAUUGCUCUCCUCAUCAAUGGUAGCCCAUCUGCUUCCUUUACUCCUUCGCGUGGAAUUCGACAAGGUGAUCUGUUGUCACCUUAUUUAUUUCUCAUAAUCAUGGAAGGUUUUUCAAGAAUAAUUCAAUCUCAAAUCUUACAAGGUAACUUGAACGGAAUUAUUGUUGGGAAACAUGGCCUACAGGUGAGUCACUUAUUUUUCGCUGAUGAGUGCCUUUUAUUCCUUGAAGCUUCUCCAAAAUAUCUUCACAAUCUUCAACAAAUUCUUGAUCAGUUUAGUAAAGCUUCUGGGCAAGUAGUUAAUUUACAGAUAUCUACUAUUUUCUUCAGCAAAAAUGUCCCCCCUUCCCUCAGAAAUCAGUUUACUAACAUUCUUCACAUAAAAAUUAUGGGUCUAGGCGAAAAGUAUCUAGGUAUACCUCUACUGCUGCAUAGAUCAAGAAAAAAAAAUUGUUGGCCAAUUUUGGAGCAUAUGUCUGCGCGAUUACAAGGAUGGAGUAGUAAAAUUAUCAACCAAGCUGGUAAGACUACUCAGCUGAACUCUGUUCUUAUUACAAUGAGUAUGUACCAUAUGAAAGUUUUAAAACUACCUGAUACAACUAUUCAUCACAUGGAACAACUUCAUCGAAAUUAUUGGUGGAACAGUUCCUCAAAUCAUAGGAAAAAACAUUUCAUAUCUUGGGAAAAGAUGAAUUUUCCUAAGAGAUUAGGAGGUUUAGGACUCAAACAACUUCGUCACUAUAAUUCUGCCAUGUUAGCUAAACUAUCUUGGAAUAUCAUUCAUAGUCCAGAUGAUCACUAUGUGCAACUUUUGAAGUCAAAGUACUUUCCUUAUCAUGAUAUUAAGUGUGAGCCACCACCUAACAUUAAAAAUUCUAGCUGGAUUUGGCAGAGUAUAGUUCAUGGUUUACAGAUUGUUCAUCACUUUGGAAAAUGUGGGUCUCUCAGCUCAUUAACUCAGACACAGAAUAAUGGAAUGUCAGCCUCCUACAUCAGCUAUUUACACCCAUCCAGAUGUAAAGUAGUUUUUCAACAUGAAACAGUCAAUCCUAACUUUAUUUUACAUCCUCUGUUUAAUUACUUGGCUGGUAUUUCUCAUACUUCACAUACAUUUCAUACAUCUCAUAAUACAAAUUCUGUAGAUCAUUCCCAUUGGACAUCACCACCACCAGAUAUGUUAAAAACCAAUGUGGAUGCCUCUUUUUAUAAAGCUUAUUACUUAGCUGGUAUUGCUAUGUUAACAAGAAAUUCUACAAGAUCCUAUGUUGCAGGAAAAGGAGUUCUUCGAAGAGUAGCUACUGUUCAUCAGGCGGAAAGUUGGUCUCUGUUAGAGGCUACGCAAUGGGCUGAGCAACAACAAUGGAAAAAUGUGAUCUUUGAAUUUGACUGUAAAAACUUAGUGAACACUGUCAAUAUGGGUAUACAUCCUCCCUGGCAAUCCUCUCCUUUGUUAUAUAAAUGUGUGCAACUAUGUAAUAAAUAUAACAACUGGUCUUGUAGAUAUGUUUCAAGAGUUUGUAAUAAGACGACAGAUUGUCUAGCCAAAUUUUUCCGUAAGUAUUGUAGUACUGGAGAGUUGUGGCAAGUUCCACCAGCUACUCUAAAUGUAAACUUGGCUUAUGAUGUAUCUUUCCUUUGA